AUGUCUGACGAUAGUAAUGAAUUCAGAGAGGAUGAUGAUGAUAACGAAUCUGGUCCAGAACCAAAGUUUGAUGGUUCAUUUGAAAGAGCAUCACCCGAGGAGAUGGCAAAGAGAAAGAUUUUUAAAUUGAAACCAAAGAAUAAACCAGUACAACAACCAGACGAGAAAAAGACAUCGACAUCGACAUCCACCAAUUCACCACCUGCAGCCUCAGCAGCUGCUGCAGAAUCAACCAAUCCAUUUGCAGCGAUCUCAUUUAACUUUAGCACACCACCAGUCAUCACAUCGGGAAUGUUCAGCACCAACUCAUCAAGUUUAUUUGGUGGCUCGACAUCGUCAUCCACAACAACAACAAGCUCACUCUUUGAAAACUUUAAACAACAAAACGAAAACAACAAGAAUAACAGCAGCAACAAUACACAAGAGACAUCUAUUUCAUCACUUUUCCCACCCGUAAAAUCGUCAUCAACAACCUCACCAACACUAUCAUCUACCAGUACUUCAACCUCUACUUUAUUCCCACCAUUAAAUAACAACAACAAUAGCAAUAGUAGUAGCAGCAGCAGCAAUAUUUCGACUUCAUCAUUAUUCCCAUCAUUAAAUGGUAAUAAUAAUAACUCUACUUCGACUACCUCUGCAACAUUAUUCCCUCCAUUAAAUAGCAAUAAGAGUAAUAGUGGUUCAGGAUUUGUAUUUUCACCAUUAACAGGUUCAUCAGCACCAACAACAACAACAACAACAGAUUCAACUUCCACCUCUAAUACCACUGCUGGAUUCGUAUUUAAUCCAACAUCUUCAACUGCUAGCAGCUCUUUAUUAUCAACAAACAGUUUGAAGCCAUCUACAAGUUCAUCAUCAUCAUCAACUUCUUCCUCUACUUCAGAAAAAUGGAAAUGUGCAUGUUGUGAAACAGAAAAUGAAGUUACUGCCAAGACCUGUGUUUUGUGUAUGGUUCCAAGACUUGUUCCAAAAGUCGAGAAAUGGAAGUGUGCAUGCUGUGAAACUGAGAAUGAACCUGAUGCCAAAACAUGUAUUUUGUGUAUGGUUCCCAAACCAAACAAACCCAUCACCGUUCCAGCAGCAUCGAACAGCGCCUCUUCAACAUCGUCGUCUGGUCUAUUCUCCGGAAUGAAAUCGGGUGGUACUGACUUUAAAGUAAACUUUGGUUCGACUGAAACCUCUGGAAUUAAAUUUGGAACAACUACCGACUCCUCUAGCGGUGGUGGUGGAAUCAAAUUUGGAACAACUGACUCCUCAUCAUCCUCAGGCGGUGGUGGUGGUGGAAUCAAGUUUGGAACAACCGAUUCUAGUGGAAUCAAACUUGGUGGUGGAAACACUGACUUUGGUGGAAUUAAGUUUGGAACACCAUCUGGUUCUUCAGCUAUCAAGUUUGGAACAUCAUCAUCAUCCGAUACCGAGAAUAAAAAGAGUGAGACACCAGCACCAUCGAGUGGUGGUGGUGGAUUCGUAUUUAAUGCCAGUGCAACACCGGCACCAUCAUCUACCACUGGAGGUUUCGUAUUUAAUGCCAGUGCAACCGGUAAAUCACCGAUCGAUACACUAUCUGACACCAAAGAAACAGAGUCACUUCCCGAUGGUAAAUGGAAGUGUGCAUGUUGCGAGAAAAUCAAUGAAGAAAAAGAUAAAUCCUGUGAAUUAUGUAUGGUUCCAAGAUUAAUUAAAAAAUAA